AUGGAGUCGGCUCAUCUCACCCACGCCCACGACCACGCCCGCUCUGCCGCGACCGCGACCCGCACUAACAGCGUCGCGACGGCGGGGCAGCAGCACGACCUGGCCGCCGCCGCCUUCCACAACGCCGCCCAGGACACGCACAACGCAGAGGCUCUGCGCAUCCUCAGUCUGCUCGAACACCACCACCGCAAGCUCGCCGGCCUCAUCAAAGAAGCGCCGCCCAAGCAGAAGAAGGAUGCCGCCGCCGCCGCCGCUGCUGCUUCCAAGCAGCUCUCCCACUCGACCACGUCGGCCCUGUCCAAGUCGUCGGCCGCCCUCACCCACACUGCUGCCCCGGCCUCUUCUCCCCCAGCCGCCCCAACAUCGCGCCGCAGACUCCCCCAGUCGUCGAUAGCCACCAACUUGGCCGAGAAGCGCGGCAUCCCCAGUGCGAAGCGAGCCAGCAGCGCCGCCUCGGUCAACACGUCCAACGCUACCGCGGCCCGCCACGAACAGGCGUCUACGCCCGUCCGCGACCUCCUGGCCCAGCACUCGCGCAAGGCAGACGCGGCGCCCGCCCAAGACUCGCCCAAGCACGUCAACGACGCCUCACCGCCGCGCCCCCCGCCCCCCGCCGACGACAACUUCCGCCGCUUCUACUCUGCCUUUGGCGGCCUGAUAUCCGCCAUCAGUGCGCCGCUUGCCUUUACCUCGCUGCCGCUCAACCCCUCAACAUCGCCCGCCGAGCCCGAACCCCCCAAGCAGGAUGAAAAGGCCGUCCGCACAAAGUCGCGAAACCACUCGCCCGAGGCGUCCAGGACCGUCCGCUCGUCUGUUCCCGAUCUUGCCGCCCUCAUCAGCAAGCCCGCUCUGCGCGCCCUGAGAGAGGACGGUGCGCCUCCACUCGGGCCCAACGAGAGCUUCUACCUGGUGCCCACGGCAGGGGGCACAGUCACGUACGCCAGUGUCCUGCGCGAUCCCAACGCGCCCAAUGUCGCGCCAAACACGCAGUUCAACACGCUCGACGAAGGCUCCGGCUCCCUGCGCGGCAGCUCCCACGAAGAAUUCGUCGACGCCCGCGAGAAUGUCGGGCCCCCCUCGCCCAAAACCACGCGCCGCCCCCUCUCGCGCGGAAGCACAGGCACAAGCGUCACAACGCAGCUGAACAUACCCGCCGGCCGCGGCUCGCGCCACAAGACCAUGGAGGAGCUCGCGCUCGAAAAUGACACGCUCAAAUCCGUCAUCGACAAGCAGGCCAAGCGCAUCCAAAUGUGGGAACUCAACUCGCAAAACUCGUUCAACGCACUCGCACAGUCGUUCCGUGCUCGCGGCCCGGGACGCGGAAACUCGGAUCCAAACGCCCUGGCUCUCGCGGCCGCACACCACCAACAUGGCGUCCCCUCGAUGCCCUCACCCCCCAUGCCCCAGCACCAAUCCCACCCCCCCUCGCCCGGCGGCCCCAGCCCCGGCUCUGCUGCCGGCCCAGACCCCGAAGCCGCCAAGCGCAUAGCCGACCUCGAGGCCCUGGUUGCCUCGCAGAAUGCCAAGAUAGAUGAUCUCAUGUUCAACAACGAGAAGCUGGCCAAGCAGCAUGAGCGAGACGCCCAGGUCCUCGGUAGAUAUCGCGAGCAGUGGGAGAAGCUCAAGGCCGGCGCCCGGAAAAAGGAGCAGGAGAGGCGCGACAAGAAAAUGGCUGAUGUCAAGGCGAGUGCCUCGUUGGUGCGCGACAGCCAUGUCUUGGAUAAGCUUGCUGCCCAGGGAGAGCCUGGUCCUGGGGACAGGAAAGAAGAAGAAGACAACAACGACGACGACGACGACAUGCAGGAGGAGCCUGGCUUUGGAAAGGCCUAGCUAAUCCCAUAUUAUACAUAGUCAGUAGUAAAGGUGACAAAGCAUCC